CCAAAAAGCCUCGAAUAACAAACAAUAAUAAUAAAGACAAUCCAAUCCAAUCCCAAGAAACCUCGCUCAUUUCACCCGACAAUUGCACUUUGUACCCGUUAUAAGUUGCGCCAUCCAGAUCCAGAACCCAGACUUGCACAAAAGAGAGAAGAAUAUAGCUUCUUCGCAAGCAAUUACCAACUACAAGCUACCACCAAACCUUGCGCUACAGAUACGAGUAUUGACUUGCAAACCUCGAGUUCAAGUUCGCAAGCUCGUAAGAUGCCUACGGAACCCACGACCCCAGUGCGUGUACCCAAAGCCGUGGCAGCAUACGCGCCAACAACACAAGAUCCCGAUCUACGCUCACAAAUUAACACCGUCCUCCUCCGAGACGGCCAUAUAAACAAGUACUUACCCUCCCUCCCCUCCCCCAGCCUUCUCCACUCUACACCUCCUCACACCCAAUCAACUAACCCUCCCUUAUCAGAAUCCAAGAAUCCCUCCUCCACAGCCUCAACUCCUCAUCCACCAACUGGCCAACCCUCAUCCACAACCACGCGCUCCACCUCCUGCGCGCCGGCGACAUCGUCACGUUCCCCGUACUGAUGAAGCGGGUGCUGGAUGAUAUUCGGAAGGAUAGCGUGGCGGCACGGAGCGCGGAGGGGAGUAAUGGGCUGUCGACGACGGGGAAGGGGGAGGUGAAGGGGAGGGGGGAGGGAGGUGCGAAUUUGGCGCUGCCGAAAAGCGUGCUGGAUGAGGGGGUGAAGGUUACGAGGGAGUGUUUGGAGGCGGUUUGUGAGGUUGGGGAUGCUUGA